CCUGAUCAGCUAGACCCAGAUGCAGCUUGGGAAAGAAGGGAGGGGCAGUGUCCUGGCAGCCCCUUCAUGGGCAGGGUUGGAACUGGCUGCUGGCUAGCUGGGACCUCUCUCUGCCUCUGACUGAAGGGACCAUGGAAUAGGAAGCCGAGGGAGAGAGCUGCAGGGGCCAGAGGUCAGGUUAAUGAAACAGCUGUUCUGAAGGAGGAGCAGGCUGGGGGCCUGGCUGCCCCACCCCCCACCCCUGCCGUGACUGGCUGGGCUGCCAGGGAAGGGGCACGUGGCAGCUCCCCAGGCCAGCAGCAUUGGCAUUCUGGAGAGGAGGGAGGUGCCUCUGGCAGGUGUGUGGUAGCUUGUGUGGUGUCCUAAGGUGGAGGUACUGCCGGGCCUUGCAGAGCCUCGACUGGGUCCAUAUCAUGCUGACUUUCCCUUGCUAGGACCCUCUCAGGAGCUUCUGGAAAACUAAAGACAUUCAAAGACUAAGGUACAGAAGCCCUGAGUCCCCAUGGCUUUGCUGAGCCGAGGAGCCCUGCGUGUAGCUGCCACCUGUUCUCAAGGGAGAUCUGCCCGGAACCUGGGUCUACAGCCCCUAGCCAGGGAGGCCCGGUCCACCACCGAGAAGAAUGUCCCGUACCAGCGGACCCUGAAGGAGGAGGCACAAGGUUCCUCGGCGGUGCCUCGAGGACCAAGCCAGCCUCUGCCCAGCACAGCUGAUGUUGUGGUCAUUGGCGGGGGCAGCUUGGGCUGCCAGACCCUGUACCACUUGGCCAAGCUGGGUGUUAGCCAAGCAGUGCUGCUGGAGAGAGAGCGGCUGACCUCUGGGACCACCUGGCACACAGCAGGCUUAUUGUGGCAGCUGCGGCCCAGUGAUGUGGAGGUAGAGCUUCUGGCCCACACAAGGCAAGUGGUGAGCCGUGAUCUGGAGGAGGAGACUGGGAUGCAUACAGGCUGGAUCCAGAAUGGUGGCCUCUUCAUUGCCUCUAACAGGCAGCGCCUGGAUGAGUACAAGAGACUCAUGUCGUUAGGCAAGGCCUAUGGUGUGGAAUCCCAUGUGCUGAGCCCAGCAGAGACCAAGGAUCUGUAUCCGCUGAUGAAUGUGGACGACCUCUAUGGGACCCUGUAUGUGCCACAGGAUGGUACCAUGGACCCUGCUGGCACCUGCACCACCCUCACCCGGGCAGCAGCGGCUCGAGGAGCUAAGGUCAUUGAAAACUGCCCAGUGACUGGCAUCCGUGUGCGGACGGAUGACUUCGGAGUGCGGCGGGUGGCAGCGGUGGAGACAGAGCAUGGCUCCAUCCAGACACCCUGCGUGGUCAACUGUGCAGGAGUGUGGGCAAGCACUGUGGGUCAGAUGGCUGGAGUGAAGGUCCCCCUGGUGGCCAUGCAUCAUGCUUACGUUGUCACUGAGCGCAUUGAGGGGAUCCAGAACAUGCCCAAUGUCCGAGAUCAUGAUGCUUCUGUCUACCUCCGCCUGCAGGGGGAUGCCUUGUCUGUGGGUGGCUAUGAGGCCAACCCCAUCUUUUGGGAGGAGGUGUCAGACAAAUUUGCCUUUGGCCUCUUUGACCUGGACUGGGAUGUGUUCACCCAGCACAUCGAAGGUGCCAUUAACCGUGUCCCUGUGCUGGAGAAGACGGGGAUCAAGUCCACUGUCUGUGGUCCUGAAUCCUUCACCCCCGACCACAAGCCCCUGAUGGGGGAGGCUCCUGAGCUCCGAGGAUUCUUCCUUGGCUGUGGCUUCAACAGCGCAGGCAUGAUGCUGGGCGGUGGCUGUGGACACGAGCUGGCCAAUUGGAUUGUUCACGGGCGCCCAGAGAAGGACAUGUACAGCUAUGACAUCAGGCGUUUCCACCACUCACUCACGGACCACCCCCGCUGGAUCCGCGAGCGCAGCCACGAGUCCUAUGCCAAGAACUACUCAGUUGUCUUCCCCCACGAUGAGCCGCUGGCAGGACGCAACAUGAGGAAAGACCCCCUGCAUGAGGAGCUGCUCCAACGAGGCUGUGUGUUUCAAGAACGACAGGGCUGGGAACGGCCAGGGUGGUUCAACCCCAAAGAAACAGCUCCGGUCCUUGACUAUGAUUACUAUGGGGCCUAUGGAAAGCAGGCACACGGGAACUACGCCUACAGCAGGCUGCUGGGCGAUGAGUACACUUUCGACUUCCCACCCCACCACCACACGAUCCGGGAGGAAUGUCUGACCUGCCGACGGGCUGCUGCUGUGUUCAACAUGUCUUAUUUUGGGAAGUUCUACCUGCUGGGAGUGGACGCCAAGAAGGCCGCUGACUGGCUCUUCUCAGCAGAUGUCAAUCGACCUCCAGGCUCAACGGUGUACACGUGCAUGCUGAACCACCGGGGAGGCACUGAGAGCGACCUGACCGUCAGCCGCCUGGCCUCAGGCACCCAGGCCAGUCCCCUGGCCCCUGCCUUUGAAGGGGAUGGCUACUACUUGGCUGUGGGUGGGGCUGUGGCCCAGCACAACUGGUCCCACAUAACCACGGUUCUACAGGAUCAGAAGUUCCAGUGCCAGCUUAUGGAUUGUUCUGAAGAUCUGGGCAUGCUCAGUAUCCAGGGCCCAGCCAGCCGUGCCGUUCUCCAGGAUGUGCUCGAUGCUGACCUGAGCAAUGAGGCCUUCCCCUUCUCCACCCACCAGCUGGUGAGAGCUGCAGGGCACCUGGUCCGGGCCAUCCGCCUCUCCUUUGUGGGGGAGUUGGGCUGGGAGCUGCAUGUGCCCCGUGAGUCCUGCUUACCAGUGUACCGGGCUGUGAUGGAGGCAGGUGCCAAGCAUGGCCUUGUCAAUGCGGGCUACCGUGCCAUUGAUUCCCUGAGCAUCGAGAAAGGCUAUCGACACUGGCAUGCAGACCUGAGGCCUGAUGACACCCCCCUGGAGGCGGGAUUGGCCUUCACCUGUAAGCUCAAGUCCUCAGUGCCCUUCCUGGGCCGUGAGGCUUUGGAGAAGCAGCGUGCCACAGGCCUCUACCGACGCCUGGUCUGCCUCACUGUGGAAGAGGAGGUGCCUAUGUUUGGCCUGGAGGCCAUCUGGAGAAACGGCCAAGUGGUGGGCCACGUCCGGAGGGCUGACUUUGGGUUCACCGUAAACAAAACCAUUGCCUAUGGCUACAUCCGAGACCCCAGCGGUGGACCGGUCUCUCUGGACUUCGUGAAGAGUGGAGAAUAUGCCUUGGAGAGAAUGGGGGUCACCUAUCCUGCCCAGGUUCACCUGAAGUCGCCCUUUGACCCUGACAACAAGCGGGUGAAGGGCAUCUACUGAGGGGCUGUAGGGUGGAAGCUACAUCGCUCAGGCCAUUGGAAACUGCCACACUUCCCCAUUGCUCAGGCCAUUGGAAACUGCCACACUUCCCACACUGCCUGCCGACUCCUGCGCUGCACAAACGGCCCCGUGUCCCAAGACCCAGGAUACAGGCAAAACAGAGCCUUCCCAACCCUUAGCCUCCAUCUGGUCCUGCUAAGCACCCCAGCUCCUAACCAGGACCGGAUGGACCACGAUGUUCCUCCUGCUCAUGGACCACACAGUGGUCUCCAAUCCACCCUAGGCCUCCCAAAAUGCACCCUGCAGAUGUCUUGGCUCAAGGUCCUUGUGAGAAUCUCAGAAGGUGUAUGGUUAAGCCAAGACAGGAGCCGGAAGGCAGGCGGGCAGGCUUCCCCUCUGUUCCUCACUCGGCUCACUGGCAUGUGUGCAGCUGGAGCACUUGAAGGGUAGUGAAAUCAGGGGACAGCAGGCAGGGGUUGGGAACAGUGUCCCCACAGGUACAGGAUGGAGAGCACAGAGCUAUGCUGUACUGGUGCGGUCCUUCCUCAGGAUGGCUGCCUUCCAGACCAGAGAGGACAGAGAGAAAGCGCUUGCCUUAACCUUCCGGUUCUGCAGGAGAGACAGCCUUCUGAGAGUCACCAGCCUGUGACACGGGUGGGGGUGGGGGUGGGGGCACGUGUCGUGGGAGUCAGACCAGGAACCUCCAUUCCUUACACAGCAGUGCCAGCUUCUUUCUCAGUUUCCACUGAUGCCGUUGCUCGUGGGUCCAGGGACGCCAAGCUUGCUGUUGCGCAGGGCCCUGCUGCAGUGUGCGUGUCUAAGGACCUGUGUCUCUACCACAGAUGCAUCCUGCUCACCCAGCCUCUGGUGACAGGGCUGCUCUAGCUCUGCUGGAGAAGACAGAGUGGCUCCUUCUCUCACCCUGUGUAACCACCUACACCUGCCUGCGUGUCGGGAGUGACCCUGUCUUCCUUCCGGGGGUGAAUGUCACUUUUCUAUAGAUCUAGUCCUCAUACCCUGACUUAGAAACUGGGCAUGCUGUGACUGCCCAAACAAAGGUCACCAUGUCGUCUUACAGUUCAUGCCCUGUCGUCUAGGAGAGCAGGGGGCAGAUGCUGCGUCAGUAUGGAGCUGGGGUCUCCUAAACCCAAAGACGGCAGCAGAAGGGGGAGUUGGGCACAGUUGUCCUGGGUGGGCUCUGAAUCUUUACAGGCUCCCACACCACACACUAAGCUGGAAAAGGUCAAGCUAAUAAAAUUGAAACCAUGGGAAGAUG